UAAGCUGUUCAUUCACUCGUCGCUCGCACUUUCCCCACAACUUACUCCACUUGAAAUCAUUCUUUCAACUCUCGAACGGCCGGCGACGUUUUAGUCACCACCUUUUGUUUAUUGUUGUUUUUUACCUAAACACAGUGCCAAGGCUUGUGGCCAAACUGGAUGGAACCUGAAAUCACACAAAGCCAACUGAGCUUGUACCAAUCAUACAUUGGUCAUGACACUGCCAACUCGUUAACUGCCACAAACCCCGACCAACAAUUCACCGGUCCAAAAGAGUCAUCUGCUUCCAUGAUAGACCCAAACAAUGAACCUCAAGCCCUCUUCACCCAAGAAAGUUUACACGAAGACUAUGGGCUCGACCAACUUAUUUCUACACUCAUUGAGAAUCACAUCUGGUUGAUUGGGCUUUUAACUGGGAUUAUCAUCAUCCUUGUAGUGCUCAGCUGCUCUCUACGGAGCAACUACUUUCAGGAAAAUUACUUCUUUACCAGAGCCAAAGAAUGGGUACAUCUCCCUUUGCUGCAGCAGUCAGGUCAAGACUCGUUGCCUACAGCAGAGGCUGGAACCAACCACAAUAAUGUUACUAGUGCUGAACCUGAACCCAACUUGGUUUCUACCCCUGCUCAACAUGCUGUUCUGUGCUCCUGGGUUUCGGAAACGAGCCCAGAUGAACAACACACUAAAAUGAAGUCAUCUUGGGCCGAAACUGAACAGAAUAACCAGCAGAACUUCGCAGCAGACAUGUCGGCGUUACUAUUGACAGAAACGAAAUCGGAAGAAUUGGAGCCGAUAGCCCAUCCUACGACCCCCAUCCCAUGUGAUGCAAGCUUGGAAUCGCUCAGAAACAGUUUCAAGUCCCAAAAAAAUCAUUUUGUUUUCAAUGCCGACAUCUUCCUGACCAAGUCGGAAAGUUUAGACGAAGCUCGAUCUCAUCCGCGGGAAAAGUGUUUCAAAGCCAAUCGAAGUGUAGAUGAGCUACUUCCACGACAAGACGAGCAGCUGGCCGAUUCAUCUCCUUCAGAGCAACAACAUAUGAGCACGUCCAGUAUUCCAUGCACUCCGCAAAAGUGUCGUAAACUGCAAGAAAGGCGAGGCUCAAACCAUUCUUUGACCAUCGCCGUCAACAAGCCAGUCGAAACGAAUAUUUUACCUACUGUCGUCACACCGAGAGAAUGCUCUGCAGCGCAAUUUCUUUUGACGGCAGGUAAUUGCAUGGAUCGUCGGCAACUUCAGUCUUGUCUGAAAGACGUCAAGAGUCUACAUGCUGAAUUCUGGUCCAUUCCCAACAAUGCAGCUGAACUUUCCGAACAGGUGUCUGGCUGCUCGGUGAAAAACCGCUACCGUUAUGUAUUACCCAAUCCUCAAAGUCGUGUCAAGCUUCCCGUAACGACGAAUUCAUCUGAUCUCGCUAGCGGUUAUAUCAAUGCCAACUACAUCAGGGCUGAAAAUGGAGACGCACGCGCUUACAUAGCGACUCAGGGACCAUUAGACAACACUAUCAACGACUUUUGGUUGAUGGUGUGGGCGGAACGGGCGCCAGCCAUCGUCAUGAUUACAAAGUUGGUGGAAUCGGGAAAAACCAAAUGCGAGCCAUAUCUUCCAGCAGAUGGCGAAACGUGUCGCUAUGGUGAUGUUAUCGUUACCCUUGACUCUGUCGAGGAAGCCUCCGGAUGCACUGUACGCCAGCUGUCGCUGAAGCGUGAUGGUGAAGAAGAGAUUCAUCACCUCACUCACUAUUGGUACUCAGACUGGCCCGAUCACAAAACACCUGAUAAUCCACGAACGCUAGUCGAUUUGGCUGUAACUAUUGAAUCGAUGCGACGUGGAAGGAGCUGUCUCCUUUUGUCGUCUCCACUUUCUUCGCCACCCACCGAAUCGGGACCUAUCGUCGUACAUUGCAGCGCUGGAGUGGGCCGCACCGGCUGUUUCAUUGCCAUUUGCCAAGGUCUAAGUCAACUCUUAGCCGAAGGCAAAGUCGACAUCCUUGGGAUUGUUUGCUCUCUGCGCUGUGACAGGGGAGGAAUGGUUCAAACGGCGGAGCAGUACGAGUUUAUUCACCGCGCCCUGUGCUUGUUCGAGAAGAGCACUCUCUCCGAUUACGCUGGCGACUAAUGGUCCAGCACCAGUUCCUUGCAACUCGACAAAAGGUUUUUUUUUUUUUUUUUAAUACAAUACACACACACACACACACACACAGGGAGAAAAAAGAUAAAGAAGAAAAUGAAAGCAAGCCAACCACAUCAACCAUUUCCAGUUCCAUCUACGUGUUGUAUCACACAGGUAACAAAUGAUUCAUGUCAGAAAUUUGUUAUUCGGGAGACCGUGUCUUCUUUCCUACCGCCACAUUUUCGCUCUCUUCUACCACAAAAACAGUGCAAAAAAAAAACACAAAAAAAAACAUGAUCUAGAUAUGAUGCUCUUCCCGCCUCAUUCCUUGGACGCUUUGAAAACGAUGAUCUUGCUCCUGAUAUUUGCAUAACUUUUUUGUUUGUUUGUUUUGUUUUGGCUCUGCACGUUUUGAAUGAGAGCCGUACCUGAAUGAAUCCGCCACCGAUCGCCACCGCCACUUUCUAUCGAAUUGUUCAAUGUUUCAAACGGGUUUUUUUUUCCUUGUUUUCUCUCGUACCAAUCAAACAAACAAAUGAGAAAAUUAAAUUCAAAUUGACAAAAAAAUGAUGAAAAAAAAAUGAUAUUAACAAUGGGAAUAUUUCAAACGAUAUGCAAAUACGAUGCAACACGUCUAAAAUGAUCAGUGCAACGUCAAAAAGACGAUUUCCUCCGCCUCGAAUAUCUCUUUGUUUUGUCCCCUUUUUUUCCUGUUUUUUUUUCCCGCUCAUACCGCACUGUUAUUAUUUGUUUGUAUCCCUUUUUUUUGUGUGUGUGUUUAUCGUUUGCAACACUGGGGGGGAAAAAACGUACUGUAGAUCUCAUUGCAAUGAAAAUCUGCGUGCCGAUCCUUAUACUAUUACCCUUGCACACGUGAGCACUUUCUUUAUUUUGCAAUGCUGUUGCCCGCUAUCUAAAUAUGUAUAGUGGCAAAUCUUCUUGUCGCUUGGAAUUGUCCGCAUUGUUUUUAAACCCACACAAUGUCUGAGUUAUUAACGUUACCGUGAACAAUUCACGUGGAGGGAGCAAGUUGUGUAUGUUUAUCUAUCCUGCCGUCACCUCCAUUUGCCUCUGCCUGCUUUCUAAAUUUUACGUUUGUGUGCGUGUGAUUAUGAUGCGUAUGUGGCAUACUAAUGUCGCCCUCUCUUGCUCUUACUCUUUCCCCUCUCGGUCAAACAUGAAACGAUAAUAUUGUUACAUGUCCUUUAUCCACUCCAGAAUAUAAAUAUAUAUAUAUUAUUAAUAGA